AUGCCUCCCAGCCAGCUUCUCAAUCAGCUAGCAUCAGGCCUGCUAGUCCCCAGCCAACUAACCUCCAGCACGCUGGCCUCUACUCUGUUAGCCACCACCCAGCCCCCCAGUCAACUAGUCUCCAGCCUAACUCCUAGUUGGCUAGGUUCCAGCCUGCUAGCUUCCAUCCUGCCUCCCAGACGGCUUACUUUCCGGCCUGCUAGCCUCCAGCCAGCACCCCAGUCGGCCAGCCUCCAGCAUGCUAGCUUUCAGCCUACUCUACAGCCGAUUCAGCUCGGCUUCCUGUCUGAUCCUGACCCUGAGCAGUCACCUUUCUUCGAGAUUCAUCUGGCUAUUGCCCCAAGACAUCUGCCCAGCAUCACAGACCUUCAGCUGCCAAGUGCCACGAUUGACACCCAGCUGGACCCCGAGUCAGUUCCUGAGCCAGCCAUCCCUGCCGAUGUCUCAUCUGUUCCUGCAUCAGGGGUCCCGGCUUACGCCCCGCCAGUUCCUGAGUCGGCCCUCCCAGCUGACAUCCUGUAUUUUCACGAGAAGCCCUUCCCAGUUGACAUCAAGCCUGCUCCAGGUUUCCAGUCGACAGCCUGGAUGACAUCUACCCCUGUGUCAGUCAUCCCUGCUGAAGCCCGGUUUGCUCCUACGCCUGUGUUCCCAGCCAACGCCAAGCCUGCUCCUGAUCUCCAGCCGCCUGCAUCCUGUCCUGCACCCUAA